GUUCUCAAAUGGAAAGGACUGUCUGUGUGGGUGGUGCCUCAUUUCUAGAAGCAUUCAAUGAAGUAGAGCUGGAUGAUCACUUGUCAGGAACGUUAUAAAAGAUUCCUAUUCAGGUAUGAAGCAGACUAGUGAUGAGACUGGAUCUAUGACGGGUAUGUUUGGCUGGGACAGCUGAAAAGAAGGAACAUCUAUGUCCUCAUUAAUGUUAAGCUGGAGGAGGCACUUGGCAGUGGGAUGAGGAAGGGUACUUUUCUCAGGGAGUCCCCUGUGGGCCCUUCCCCCCUCCUCACACCUGCUUUGACCCCAAGCAGAUCAGAUGUGGCAGUGGGGGGUCAUGUGACAGGGGGUAGCUAUAAAUAGCAGGAGGGUGGGCAUGUUGCCCUAGACUCCUUGGGGCCAAGUAGGAGGUGAGGUUCAAGGAACUCUUGGGGAAUAGGGGACCAGUCAGGCCGGGGCCCAGCCCAAGGCUGGGAUCAUGGACCGUGCUGGGUCACAGAGACUAGGGGGAGAAUCAAGCUGGUGGGGUAGUGCCCCCCAGUACCAGUAUGUCUCAUUUGAGCACUGCACCAGUUAUGGCCUGCCCUCUGAGAACGGAAUCCAUGAGCACAGACCUCAGGGGAAUACAGGCCCCCGGGCCAACAUUCAUCCUACACAGCUCUAUGGCUACCACCCUGAACAACCCUUGGAUUUCUCUGGCAAGGAAAAGAGCAUGGCAGGUCCCAAUCAGAAAGCCCCCAGCUCUGCCAUAGAGAGCAGUGAGGAAGAUCACCAUUCCAAAUGCCAAGACUGUGCCCAUCGAAUGGGACAAAUCAUGCGAAGGAAAUUGGGAGAGGACUGGAUCUUCCUGGUAUUGCUGGGAUUAGUCAUGGCACUGGUUAGCUGGAGCAUGGACUAUGUCAGUGCCAAGAGUCUGCAGGCCUACAAAUGGACAUACUACCAGAUGAAGCCCAACCUCGCCCUUCAGUUCCUGGCCUGGGUCUCAUUCCCACUUACCCUCAUCCUCUUCAGUGCCCUCUUUUGCCAACUCAUUUCCCCACAGGCUGUUGGCUCUGGAAUCCCUGAGAUGAAGACCAUUCUUCGUGGGGUGGUUCUGAAGGAAUAUCUCACUCUCAAGGCCUUUGUGGCCAAGGUCAUUGCCCUGACUGCCGGCCUAGGAAGCGGCAUCCCUGUGGGCAAAGAGGGCCCAUUUGUGCACAUUGCCAGUAUCUGUGCUGCUGUCCUAAGCAAAUUCAUGUCUAUGUUCUGUGGCGUAUAUGAGCAGCCAUACUAUUACGCUGAUAUCCUGAGUGGGUGUGCCGUGGGAGUCGGCUGUUGCUUUGGGACACCACUUGGAGGAGUGCUAUUUAGCAUUGAAGUUACUUCCACCUAUUUUGCUGUCCGGAAUUACUGGCGAGGAUUCUUUGCUGCUACAUUCAGUGCCUUUGUCUUCCGUGUCCUGGCAGUGUGGAACAAAGAUGCUGUUACUAUUACAGCCCUGUUCAGAACCAACUUCCGAAUGGAUUUUCCUUUUGACCUACAAGAGCUUCCUGCUUUUGCCAUCAUUGGGAUCUGCUGUGGGUUCUUGGGUGCUGUGUUUGUCUAUCUGCAUCGACAGGUUAUGCUGGGAGUCCGAAGGCAUAAAGCUCUCAGCCAGUUCCUUGCUAAGCACCGUCUACUGUAUCCAGGGAUUGUCACUUUCAUCAUUGCCUCAUUUACCUUCCCCCCGGGCAUGGGCCAGUUCAUGGCUGGAGAGCUUAUGCCCCGAGAAGCCAUCAGUACCUUGUUUGACAACUACACAUGGGUGAAACAUGCAGGUGACCCCCAGAACCUGGGUCGCUCAGCUGUUUGGAUCCACCCCCAGGUCAGCGUCAUCAUAGUCAUCUUCCUCUUCUUUAUCAUGAAGUUCUGGAUGUCCAUUGUGGCCACUACUAUGCCCAUCCCCUGUGGGGGCUUCAUGCCUGUGUUUGUUCUGGGGGCAGCAUUUGGGCGACUGGUAGGAGAAAUCAUGGCCAUGCUGUUCCCUGAUGGGAUCUUAUUUGAUGGGAUCAUCUAUAAGAUUCUUCCUGGGGGCUAUGCAGUAAUUGGGGCAGCAGCACUUACUGGUGCAGUGUCUCACACGGUUUCCACAGCAGUAAUCUGCUUUGAGCUGACUGGCCAGAUUGCCCACAUCCUACCCAUGAUGGUGGCUGUGAUCCUAGCCAACAUGGUAGCCCAAAGUCUACAGCCCUCACUCUAUGACAGCAUCAUCCAGGUCAAGAAGCUGCCAUAUUUGCCUGAUCUAGGCUGGAACCAACUCAGCAAAUACACACUCUUCGUUGAGGACAUUAUGGUGCGUGAGGUGAAAUUUGUUUCAGCCUCUUGCACUUACCGGGAUUUGCGAGCCCUGCUUCAGGCCACUACAGUCAAGACCUUACCAUUAGUAGACUCCAAAGACUCGAUGAUCUUGUUGGGCUCAGUGGAGCGAUCAGAGCUUCAAUCCCUUCUUCAUCGUCACUUGAGCCCUGAGCGGAGAUUGCGGGAAGCUCAAGAGAUGGCAAGGAAGUUGGCAGAACUGCCCUUCAAUGGGCAAGUGAAGCAGGCGGGUCAGGAAUUCUCUCAGAGCCCUUCAUCACAGGGCCGGCCACAGUCCUUCGCCUUUGUGGAUGAGGAUGAGGAGGAUGAUAUCACUGGAAGGACAGAGUUGCCUCCUCCUCCUCCUUCUCCUCCUCCUCACCCUUUAACUGCUCCUUUGCCCCCUGAGGAGCCCAAUGGGCCUUUGCCACACCAUAAGCUGCAACCAGAAGUGCAGGGUGCUACAGGUCGAAGGUUUCCCAUGCUACGAUCCCUGCUUCGCUGCUUACUGGGAAAUAGCUUCCGCACUAAGAAGAGAACAUUUCAGGAUCCCAUCAACUUAGUGGACAACAUGCCACCUGAGGAGAUCGAGGCUUGGGAGCAGGAGCAGCUGAACCAACCUGUCUGCUUUGAUUACUGCUGCAUAGACCCUUCUCCCUUCCAACUGGUGGAGCGGACAUCUCUGCACAAAACUCACACGUUGUUCUCACUCCUUGGCCUCCAUCUUGCCUAUGUGACCAGCAUGGGGAAACUCCGGGGUGUACUGGCUUUGGAAGAGUUACAGAAAGCCAUUGAGGGUCACACCAAGUCAGGCGUCCAGCUGCGGCCCCCACUUGCCAGUUUCCGAAAUACUACUACAACCCGAAAGACCCCGGGGGGUCCGCCCCCACCUUCUGAUGGUUGGAACCUUCCAGAAGACAACACUGGGGGUGGUGAGAUAGAGGGGAUGGUCCCAGCUUGUCCUGAAACUCCAGAAUCACCCUCCCAUCCCCCCUACCUCCUGUCCCCACCCCUGGCAGAGGGGGAGCUAGAGGAGCUGGAGCUGGGGGGAACCUCUGGGCCCGAGGAGGAUCUGGCUGACAUUUUGCAAGGCCCCAGCCUUCGAUCUACCGAUGAAGAGGACGAGGACGAACUGACCCUUUGAUACCUAAACCAGUAACUCCCCCCAUUUGUAAUAGAGGGAUACUCCUAAGGAAGGGCCCUGUGUUUCCUAAUGAAGAUAUAAUAGUCUUAAAGGAGUCAGAACCUAGUCAAGGAAUAACCAUGAUCCACCGUCCCCCCUGAGUCCUGGCUGGGUGGUCUUGCUACCAAGAUCUUCCUAUCUUCCCCCUCCCCAUAUCUGUGAUACUUCAGGUUCCCUGAGGCCAGGCUGAGGGGCCUGGAAUGGUAGAGGUUCUUUCAAGCUCCUUGUUGAAAAUGAGGGAGAGGGCCACCUUUGGGGUCUUUCAAUAAACCCGCAAACUACA